GUACUAGGUGGCAUUCAAAUUACCAUGUCACUUUAUCGAAGUAUUCAAUGCAUUGUAUAAUCUUGUAUUCUUCGACUAAUACUUUGUAUUACAUUUUGAAAUAUUCUGUUCAAGAUUAAUAUAUAUUCUAUGUGUAAUUAUUUAUUUAAUAUUAUUCUCGAAUUAUAUUAAAUUACACUGCUACACUGAUUACCCAGAUCUCACUACUAAGUGGUUACUAUUACCGAGUCAGUUGGUAGUAAUCGCGCAACGGACUGUCAAUCAUGGUAAAUAGUGGGAACGGUAGAAUGGAAACAAACGUGGAGGUUAUUUGAUGUUUUAUAAGUAAUUAUUAUAAACAUUGUUACUCAAAUGUUAAUGUACACCAAGUAACAGAUAAUUAAGAAAUAGGAAAUAAUCGUUUAGACAAAAUAUGACGUCGUUUUUAACUGACGUGCUGAUAACAGCAGGUAAAUUGGACAAAGUUAAUUUGAAUGAAAAAAUAUCUGAAAUCCAAAAAGAAAUAACGAAAUUGAAGUACGAUGUUCAAGAUUUUAUGGAUGAUAAUUAUGUUGAAUUUACAUCGAAACUUACAAGGGACCAGCAUUUAGUAUCAAAAGGAGAAAAGCUACUUGAAGAAAUGAAUGAAUUACAAAAAAGAAUAGAUGAUCAGGUGAAAAUAGAAUUGUCAGGUUCCACAAAAGAACUGAAAACAUUGUCGCAAGCACUGAAAGAAUCAAACAUGAUGUUGCAACUUUCUAAUCAACUUUUAACCCUGCACAAAUGUGAAAAAUCCAUAAAGAAUUAUGAACAGGAGAAACGGUAUAUAGAUGCAGCUAAAACGCUAUGUCGCAUGCAAAUGAUACUGUAUAAUCCUCAAAGCGAUCUUCGUGAACUCGAUAUUUAUACAGCGAUUGAGGAAAGAUAUUUGAAUCUAUACACUUCCUUUUUGUAUGAUACAUCCUCAUUGUUGUACGAACGGAUCUGUUGGACUGGCAUCGACGAUGAAAACUCGUCCACAGUUACACUAAGCAUCAAAAAUGAAUUCGAUGAUAUGCAAGAAUUAUUUCAGGGGUUGCAUUGCAUUGAUAAUCUUUCAAGUUAUUUACAUAAAUUUGCUACUACUCUCAUGGAAUACGUGAUCAACCCCACCAUUAAUGAUGAUUGUUCCAUCUAUGUAGUUAAUGAAAAAAUAUUCACCAUUGAAAUUCUGAAUAAGAAGAAGUCACCAGGCUAUAAGUGUGUUCUAUACAAUUUGGAAUUGUUGUUCAAAUUCCUCCAUCAACAUCUUAAUGUAAUCAUACACGACGAGGAAACGUUUCUAAAAGAGAUAAAACCGCACCUGUUAGACAAAUUGUCGACAUCCCUGACAAACAAUUGCAUCUCACGAAUUGUUCCAACGUCCAGCGCUGAUUUGAAAAACUUUACGCCCAUCGUACAGGCAAUCUACGAUUUUCAAUACUUCUUGGUUGAAAUUGGUUUCAUAACAUCGGACGAAUUAUUUUUGUCGGAGUACACGAAAAACAUUGACAAGCUUUUUAUUGAACGAAUUUGUCAAGAUUUAUUAGCAAAAGCGCGAAAUAUUAUGAAGAAAGACUUACACGACUGUAUCACGUAUGAACCAGAGGAACCACCUGAGUUUCCCGAUGAUGCAUCUGACUAUAGCGAAAUGAAAGUUGAUAUGAAAUUAAGUGACAAAACAUUUCAACUUCCUAAAUGUCAAGUAAGUAAAAGUGCAAAGGAGACGUUAGACCUUGCAAGGAGUAUUCUGGAUGAAGCAUGCAGUAAUUCGGAUUCCUGCGCCAUUCGAUUAUUUUACACGUGUAGAAAUGUUUUUGAAAUGUACUCGGGAUUAGUACCGGAACAUCACCGGAAGUUUCUGGAAACAAUACCUCAACAAGUCGCCGUAUUCCAUAAUAAUUGUAUGUAUCUCGCUCAUCAUCUUCUCACACUGGGACACGAAUAUAGGGACAAGUUACCGAAGUCUUUACAAAAUUACAAUCUAACUUUCGCUGAUCAAAUAUUAAUGCUAAGAAACGUCGGAUCAACGUGUUUCUUAGAACAUAUGAAAUACCAACGAAUUAUUAUUUUUGACAUUCUCAAAGAAUCGGGUUUGUCAGCAUUAGGACAAAGUUCAGAGUUGCAGCCUAACACAGAACGUGCACUCAGGCAGUGUAUUCGGCAAUUAGAGUUACUCAAAACAGUUUGGCUAGAUGUUUUACCUGUAAAUAUAUAUUGCAGAGCUGUAGGAUGUAUCAUGAAUUCUAUGGUUGAAGAUCUUAUAAUUAGAGUAGUAUCCGUUGAAGACAUUCCUGCUGAUGUUGCAACUGAUUUGGGAACACUAUUCAAUAUGAUAGUAAAACGGGCACCAGUAAUAUUUCCGGAUCCUCAGAAGAUUCAUCAACACGUAAGGAAAUGGGAGAAGUUUUUAGAACUAAUUAAAGUACUCGGCGCUUCACUGAAAGAAAUUGAAGUUAGAUGGGGAAGUGGCAAAGGUCCGCUCGCGCGUGAAUUUACACCUUCUCAAGUUAAACAAUUAAUUAGAGCAUUAUUUCAAAAUACCGAGCGCAGGUCUAACUUGUUAGCUUGUAUAAAAUAAUAUUAAAGUUUACACUUUGUGUCAGAAAUUAAUUUUAUGCAUUUAUUAUUGUAGCGAAUUGUAAUCAUUUUAUAUUGAUAUUAAUUGUAUUAUGUUUUAUAAUAUUAUAUUGUUAAUACA